UACCCGCACCGGGCAGACGUCGGUCGACCGACUUGGCCCUAAAGUGGAGUGCCCUUCGUGCAGGUCUCUCGCCCACCCCGAUAAAUUCUACUGAAACUCAAGCCUUGAAUAAUACUGUUGUAAUCGUAAAAUCCAAUGAUGACGUACAUGUAUUGAGUGAAGAGUUACCGAUGCCUCGCGCCCUCAUUUCUGAAACUGAUGUUGAGCUAAAACGAGAGGGAAGUUUAGAUAGAGCCAACGGAAGAGAGGGGAAGCGAGUGGGGUCACAUGCGCGGGACCACGAGCAUAAGAAGAAGCUAAGGGAAAAGUUGUAUGGACGUAAAAGAUUUCCUCGGGUUAGAUUCUCAACCGAAGAACCAAGAAAAAUUAAUGCCCCUAAAGAUGAAAGCUACUUGAUAAACACUGCAGUAUUAUUUCAAGAGAUAGAUGCUAAUGAAAAAGUUGCUCAUACAAGGGCAAAUAAAUUGCCGCCAGGAAACUCCAGUAGUGAAACCAGAGAAAAAUUCGAUUUUCAGUUCACGAAUACAACCGAUGGAAUAAAAAGUGAUUCCAUAGAUACUAAAACGGUAGUUUCGUCGGUGAGCACGAGUUACAAAGUGACGGAAAGUUUUCCUUCGAAUGAAACUAUAGUGAAGAUGGUAUCAAAAGCGUUAAAUGAAAGCCCUAAAAAUAUAACCACUUCUUUGAAAAAGCCUGAUCCUUUGACUAAGUAUCAAAUCAAAUCAAAUUUUUCAAGACGUAGGAACAAUUUUCGCCCUACGACUAAACCCAAGCAAGACAACGUUGAAAAAGUUCAAAAUUUGACUGCUGCUCCAGCGGAAAAAAACUCGCAACUGGACUAUCAAGAGCUAGUAACAGUGAAUGAACGAGGUGCCGAACAAAAAAAUGUUACUCAAGGCACUGAAGUCGGUUCAAGACAAUCUUCCGUGAGGCUCUCUGGUCAAAAAGAAGGCAUUUCACGAAAGAUCAUCCCUCUUUCCAGUCGCCUGAAAAAUGUUGUCAAAAUUCCUCCAAAGCCAAGACAAGCACCAGUUCCCAACACCUCGUCCAUUCCAACGACAAUUUCUACUCAUGUUUCGACUAUCUUGCCCGCAGAAACUACCACGGCUCCAACAGUCCGACGUCGUUUUACUCCACGUUCUAGGACCUCUGUACCCCGACGUUUCAGGAAGUCCAAUGACACAAAUAAGAAUGUAACGGCAAGUGAAAAGUUUCAAAAGGUAGAAGCUUCAAGCAAUGUACCAUCAACAUCUUCAAUGCCCGAGCUACAGAAAAAGCCUCGACGAUCCAAAAAGUUUCGCAGAAAACAUAAAGAUACGAAAACGGAAUCAAAACCUGAUGCUGAAACUGGAAAAGAUGUAGGUGUAGAUACCCGACCGAGAUUGGAACCGUCGAUAUCAGCCGACCGUCCCGAUGCACCACCAACAAUGCCUCCAGUACAAAAAUUUGUCGAAACAGCGCCCACUCACGAUAAAGACUCUGUUGGAAAAAUUAUAAUGGUUAUUCGAAACGAAAAUGAAUAUGGAAGAGUCGAUGGCAUGAUUAAUAAAGCUAACUCCACAGAGAAUCGCAAAACACAGCAAAUUGAAAACAAUUCUAAUCUUAGGCCCCACCAGCGAGUAUCGAAAGCACCCAUAAUUGACAUCAAGAUUGAAAGUACGGCCAAUCCCAGUAACAGCGAAAAAAGUGUCAGAAAAUUCAAAAGACGUGGAUCAUUUCCUCACAGUGGCAUUAUUGUGAAAGCGGGAACGGCGACAGUGGAAAAAGUGGUAGGGCGAAACUCUAACAUAGUCCAGGCCCUCUCCCCCAUAUCCAGUCUCAUCACUUUGACCACCGAGUCCAAUGUCGUGGAGGCUCCCCUUAUAGUGACUAAAAAACCAGCACUGCCCUCUCAGGCAACGAUUUCUCAGCCCAUAACGACAACUGACAAAGUUCGGGCGUACACUGCCGGUAGGAAGGUCUCUCUUUUUGGUGCCGAUUAUCCUGAUGAAGGAGUGGCAAGAGUGAUUGCAUCACCUAUGCCUGCAUCUACCAACUAUUCGAGAACCUCGAAUUUAAACUCCGUUAAUUCUCUGAAAGAAUCCCAAGGUAUCUUAACCAACUCACGCGGGAGAAGGCGUCACAGUGUUGGAAGUGACGCGUCUAAAAAGCAAGAUGACGAACAGGGUUCAUCUAAUUCCAGCAACGUACGAAGACGCAGAUACUUCAGGCCCAUGGUAUCUCAUGACCUGACUCUCACUUCAGCAAUCAUGAUGGAAGACAACUCUGUUGAUUCGUCAGCCAAAAUGUCGCUGUCUGAAGAAUCAACUUCGAGUUUAUUGGCUCUUCCAAGUCAACAGGUGGCGAUCGUGACAGUGGACGAGUAUCAGCCAUCUGCCAAUGCUCACCCCGAAGCUCAACCGGUUCGGCCCAUGGUGGGUGACGGCUACAAAUCCGGCAAAGGCGUCAUAAAAAACCGAGGUGGAACUGAGACUCGCGAGGGCGCCUGGGCUGAAGACAACCAACGGGGCUACUACAAGAAGAGCGGUAGCGCGCCUGAGCAUCACAGCGCCCACCAGGCUGAGAAAGACAAGGACUUCAAGGUCAAUUCAAUCAAUAUUCAGAAGAGAAAUAACUAGGUUAAAUUAAUUAGUUUCU